AAGUUUUACAAAUAAAAGUAUAAAAGGCUGGAGUCUAUUAAUUCUUUUAUUAUUUACAACAAAAAAUACACGAAAUAUGUCUCUGGACGAUAAAUUUAACUCGGCAUGUCAAGAAAUCAAAAGGUUUACCAAAAGACCCCCAGAUUCAGAUAUGUUGGAAGUAUAUUCAUUAUACAAGCAAGCUACUGUAGGGGAUAAUAAUAUACCCAAACCAUCGGAAGCUAAAGCCAAAGCAAAAUGGGAAGCAUGGUCGAAAAAAAGAGGUGUUAAUCCAAAUACAGCCAAAGAACAAUACGUUGUAAAAGUAUUGAGUUUAGCUUCUAGUUAUGCUUAAGGAUCCUUUUGUUAUAAAGUAGUAAUAAAAUAGAAAAGCAAUCAUUAAAACAAUUACUUCACUAUUGCUUGAUAUAAUUAUUAUAAUCACCUUGAAUGCAAAUGCACCUUGUUUUUUGUUUAAUUUUACUGGUUUUGUUGUUGUUUAUUAUUUGUUGAGUUAAUUUUAAUUUAAAAUAAAGAAAUGUCUGC